CCUCCCUCCAUCAAACUCCAGCCCUGCUACAGUCUACAGCUGUACAACACUCCUCUAUCCUUGUGUUCUCUCUUGACCAGCAGACAGUCAGCCAUCAUGUAUUACAGCCAGAGCACCAUCAGCGGCGGCGGUCCCAUGAUCAGGCAGAGCCACAGCUACUCAUCAAGUGCAGCUCCCCAGAAGGCUCACAGUGUGUCAGGACUCAACUUCAGAAGUGGCCCACGCAUCUCCUCUACCAGCAUGCGCACCGUCUCCUCCGGCUAUGGAGGUGGCAUGGGGGGCGGCAUGGGGGGCGGCAUGGGGGGCGGCAUGGGGUACGGCAGUGGUGGGUUCGACCUGUCCAGCGCCAUGGACCAGACCUCCGUGCACCAGAAUGAGAAGGCCACCAUGCAGAACCUGAACGACCGUCUGGCCAACUACCUGGAGAAGGUCCGCUCUCUGGAGGCGGCCAACUCCAAGCUGGAGGUGCAGAUCAGAGAGUACUACGAGCAGAAGGGGCCCGCAGCAGAGAGGGACUACAGCAAAUACUGGGCCAUCAUCAAUGACCUGAAGGACAAGAUUGGCGGCGCCACCAUCGGCAAUGCCAACAUCCUGCUCCAGAUUGACAACUCCAAACUGGCUGCUGAUGACUUCAAGACCAAAUUUGAUCAUGAGCUGAUGAUGCGCCAGUCAGUUGAGGCUGACAUUGGCAACCUGCGCCGUCUGCUGGACCAGACCACCCUGACGAAGGCUGACCUGGAGAUGCAGAUCGAGGGCCUGCAGGAUGAGCUGGCCUACCUCAAGAAGAACCACGCAGAGGAGCUGGCAGCAAUGCGCUCUCAGCUUACUGGCACAAUCAACGUGGAGGUGGAUGCCGCACCCCAGCAAGACCUCAACAGAGUCCUGGAUGAGAUCCGCGCCCAGUACGAAGCCAUCACUGACAAACACCGUCGUGACCAGGAGUGCUGGUUUAAUGAUAAGUCGACAUCCCUGUCCAAGGAGGUGGCCAGCAGCACAGAGACACUCCAGACGUCCAAGACAGAGAUCAAUGACCUGCGUCGCACAAUGCAGGGCCUGGAGAUUGAGCUGCAGUCUCAGCUCAGCAUGAAAGGGGCGCUGGAGAACACGCUGGCAGAGACAGACAGUCGUUACAGCGCCAUGCUCGCCGGUUACCAGAACACGAUCAACAUGCUUGAAGCUGAACUAGGCAACGUGCGCCAAAGCAUCGAGCAGCAGGGCCAGGAAUACAGGAUGCUGCUGGACAUCAAGACCAGGCUGGAGCAGGAGAUCUCAACCUACAGGAGCCUGCUGGAAACAGAGGAGUCCAGGUAGACGAAAUGACCUGCUACAGGGGGCUCAAAGACCACAGUCACAACCACCACUGUGCGCAGCUAAGAGGUCCAACUGGCAGGACAAGAUGUUCUCAGACACACACAGUCGCACACACACACAGGCACAUUCCACCUAAUGAAAACUGUUACACGAGAUGACUGAAACUGUACUGGAAAGAAACUGAGAGAUGUUGAAAUUGGAGCGUGUGUUAAAGUUUACAACAUUUGCAAAUUAGAAGAAAUCAUUGUUUGUGUGUGUGUGUGUGUGUGUGUGUGUGUGUGUGUGUGUGUGUGUGUGUGUCUGUCUGAAAAAUAAAUCUGCUGGUGAAUACAAA